AUGGUGCCACUUCGAGCAUUGAUUGGAAAGCUUGUUCAUAAAUCACAUGCCGAUUUAAUGACCUUGGUCGAUACGUUACCUUCCAUGUCUGAUGUGGAAAAGAAACGUCAGAUAUUGACUUACACGACAUUUAUGAGGAAACAGUAUUUGAAAUUACUCAAUAUCAUGGCUUAUUUAGCUAACCAAAACAAGAUUUUCCAAGAUACCGUGGAUUACCUUCAUAAAAUACAGUCAGGGCUGCCGGCAGCUAGAUUACGAAACUUUGAUAUACCGACAGCUGUAGACGUAUUGACCACAGGCACAUAUCAGCAAAUGCCUACCAAAAUAAAGGACAUGCUCACACCUACACCAUUGACCGACGCAGAAGUUUUAGAGACCUUUCAAAAUAUGAACGAUGUCAUUCGAAUGCGUAUGAUCACCACAGAAGUAUUACCCUCACCUAUGCAAAAAUAUAGAAUUGAAAACGGUCGAAUUUACUUUACAAUUGAAAACGAAUUUGAAGUAGCCUUGACUUUAAUGGGUCAUAGUAAUGAUAGACGAUGGUGGAUUGUUUCUCUCGAUAUGUUUGUACAAGCUACGUCUGCUGGAGGAGCUGCUGAGGAUGUGGAUAUAACAAUGACGGAUAUGCAAAAACAACAUUUACGUGUCAAUGCACAAAAACAACUUGUGCCACCACCACCAUCUCCUGCCGCUGCCGCCGCCGCUGCUGCUGCUGCUGCUACCACCACGACCACGACUACCUCCACGACUACCGCUGUGACCGCCACUACAACCAACGAAAGUGAGAAAAAGCCCUUGUUUUUCCCACUUGUGAAUCUCUACGAUUUCUUACACUUGUGUUGUCUCAACAUGCAACUCGAGAUUUUAUUUAUCCAAUCUGCCAUGUUAGUCAAGACACGUUGGAUGAACCAACUCAAAGUCCAGAUGAACCCAGACCGUACCAAACUGACCUUGACCUAUUGGCGAGGCGGUUCUGCCGCGUCCCAUUGGGCACGACCUCAAUCGAAAUCCGAAGCACAUAAAAGUACGAAUAAUAUGUCCAUCACUGUACGCGAUGAAUUGAAAGGGUUGACACAAAAGGCAGGUAUUGGUGCUUCCGUUGCACUUUCCAACUUGACCGCUUCCGAAAAACCAAAAGUACUUUCUUCAUUGAAAUACCCUAAAAAUUCGUUGGAGGUGCUUUGGGAUGAAUGUGAAGAUCUCCAUUCUGAUACCAAACUCUUGGAUCCUUCGGAUUUAAAUGCGGAACAACUUGUUUUACAUGUCACGAAUUAUCACGGGGCGUGUAUCAUUGAAAAAUUUAAAGAAGCAUUGGUAUCACAAAAGGAUUUUCUGGAAGAAAAUGGAUUGCAUUUGGCAGACGACGAUGGAAAAGACGGCUCUCAGGCGACAUUACAUGAUUCUCUCAUACAAACACCGCCAACACUUGUCGUGCGUUAUAGACAUCAACGAUUCGUCAGCAUUGAAACAGAUACACGUACUGGUAAAGUAAAGGUAUUUGAAGCCAGUGAUGGAUGCAGUGAAGGAGAUGUCAAAUUAAGAGGAUUGGAAGAUCGAUUAAACAAUGACCCAGCCAAUAUUGCACACCACUUAUUAUGGCUUCGAUCUGAAGUUGUUGUGCGUGAAGUGAUAUCACUUGCCAAACAAUUAAACCUGCAACCUUACCAUCCAUCGCACAUGAAUUUACGACAGGAGGAUCUAACACGAUUGUUUGGAGACAUCAUUCCCAAAGACAAACCCACACAAAAGUACCCUUCACACUGUGUCUUCUUUCAAUUCUCACAGUUUGAAGAUUGGUAUUUCGUGAUCGCCACCGUCAAGAACGAGUUUAAAUCUUGGCUUUGUUGUAUCAAUCAAAAGUUUGACCAGAAUGGCAUCUUUCAAGAAAUUGUGGAUUUAACCUAUCUCGAUUGUGGGCAGUUAUGGAGAGACCAGUUUAUUGGAAAACCUUCGCAUGAAAUCUCAGAUGAAGGAAGAGUUUCAACCAAAAGACAGUUUGAGGAGAUGGCAGAUGAGCUCACUGUUGUCGAGACAAAACCUAUUGAUAUGAAAAAGAGAAGAGUGUCGACCAUCUUAGAGGGAGCAUCCUCCUCUUUUACAAAUUCCAUUGACAAGUAA